UGCAGGAUGAACUAACUCCUGAUGGAUGGCAGUUAACAACUCUUGAUGGAUGGUCCUCCUUAACGGCUAUAUCCGAAGGACGGAACUAUCUUCCGGGACGCAGACAUGAGAAGUAAGGGAAAUGCGAGAGCUUGAUCCUGAUUAUCUCGACGCAUCAUUGCAUCAAGAAAGCCCAAACGGUCCGAUUUCCUGGUACAGGACAGGAAGAUCAAGGUGGUAGCCAGACUGUAAGAAUGCCACCUCAGCAAGCGGCAAUGAGCAACGGAGAAGAAUACGAUGCUUCAUAUGCAGCCACAGUAGCCGCGGUAGCUUAUGCUAUUGCCGCAAUAGAGGAGGAGAAAGAGGGGUCACAGGCGGCCCCUGUCAGGGAGAAGUUACCACCUCAAAAGAUGCCUGUCAUGAGCAACGAGCCUUCCACUCCACCAACUCUGAAACUACCACCCAACAAACAUGGAAUCUUGAAAAGGCCUAGGCUAGCUGAAGGAAGCAGAACCUCGAGGCGGUUUAGUGGCAAGGAGCUCAUAACCAACGUCUAUGACGACGGCGACGAAACAGAAGCUAAUGUGUCGGUGAGGAGGCCGGUGAAACCAGUAAAGGAGAUACCAGAAGUUGGAAAUUCAGGUCAAAAUGUGGUAGGGAAGGUGCUUGACCCUGCCCCAAGCGUAAGAAAGGUUCCGAGCUUCGCCAAACCUUUACCAGAAAAGAAGGGGAGCAUGAAAUUUGAGCAAGAGGAGGCAAUCCCGACGGCGCCACCGAAUUUUAGGCCGACAGCUUCAUUUCCCCGAGAGAAGAAAGAGAGCAAGAAAUUGGAUCAAGACCAGGCAAUCCCAAGGGUGGCACCGGAUGUUAGGGCAACGGCUUCAUUUCCCCGAGAGAAGAAAGAGAGCAAGAAACUUGACCAAGACAAGGCAAAUCAAAUGCCACCUCUCGCUGCCGCGCCGACGAGUUCAUAUUUGAGCGACGCAGAAGCCAUGGCAGAUAAGUGGGAGAAGGAAAAAAUGGCCAAAAUCAAGAAGCAAUACAGCAUGACAAUGGACACCAUCGCCGAGUGGGAGGCCGAGAAGAAGGCCAAGGCCAAGCGCCAGAUGGAGCAGAAACAGCAGGGCGAUAAUUCGGAGAGGAAGCGGGCGAAGGCACUGGAGGAGUACAGCGACGAGAUGACGAGGAUCAACAAGGUGGCCGCGGCGUCGAGGCUGACGGCGGAGGAGAAGCGGGGGAGCGCGGAGAGGAAGGUGAGGGAGAAGGCGGACAGGAUUCGUGUCACUGGGAAGCUUCCCCGCUCAUGUGGCUGCUUCUGAAACCAUCAUUCCGUGUGUGAGAUGUAUAGUGAGUUUAACUGCUUUCAUAUGAAAAAUAUGCCAAAUCCAAAUAAGAAGAUGCUGAAUUUCUCACUGAAAAAUCCAUAUGGGUCGAGUGGCAAUGAUCACAUGGGAAUAAUAGAGCUU